CCGGGAGCUGUAGGCGCGGCGGAAUGUGCGCGAUGCACGUCGGGAGCUGUAGGCGAGGAGCCCGCUAGAUAAAGCCGCGCGCUGAGAGUCCGGCGGCGUCGCGUUGGUGUCGUCACUUCCGGCGCGCUGCGGCCUGGCGCGAUGGCGUCUCGGCGGCCGGCGCGGCGGGAGCGGGACCCCGAGCCCCAGCCCCAGCGGGCCGGGAUGGCGGCGCUCCCUGAGAAGACCGUGAACGGCUGGGUCCUGCAGUUCUACUUCCACCGGGCCAUAGAAGCCUACCGCUCCGGGCGCAACCGUGAUUUCCGCCAGUUCCGCGACAUCAUGCAGGCGCUGCUCGUGCGGCCGCUGGACAGGGAGCCGGACAUGGCGCAGAUGCUCCGCAUAAUGCAGCUGCUGUCGCGGGUCGAGGAGGGCGAGAACCUCGAUGCAAUUCUUACAGAUUGCACCUUCGACAAGGAGUCAGAGCUGACCCCCCUGGAGUCGGCCAUACUUGUCCUGGACUUCAUCCGUGAGGAGUUCUCUGUGGCUGACAGGACCAUGGAGGCUGUGCAGAAGAUGGUGAAGGAAGCUGCUGUUGUGGUUUGCAUCAGAAACAAGGAGUUUGAAAAAGCUUCUGAUAUUGUCAAGAAGCACAUGGGGAAGGAGCCCAGAAACCAAAAGAGGAAUGAGUGGCUGGCUGUCAUCCGGGAGAAGAACCCCUCUCAUCCAAAGGUCAGAAACUUCUCCUACGAGGACUUCCAGCAGAGCAUCUUCGAGUUCCUGAAGGGCUACGUGGACGACUCGGAGCCGGCGCUGCUGACGCUAUUGAAGAAGACUUUGGACUCGGAGCACAAAGCCAAACCCUCGGAGUUUGCAGAUGGGCUGCACGAGCAGGCAGCAGCUCCAGAGGCCUCAGCAAGGGCAGAGAGCCCAGCCAGAGCUCCAGAGCCAGCAGGAGCAACAGAAGACCUGGAGGGAGCUCCCAGCCCUGCAAAAAGGGCAGCUGGUCCCACAGCAGCUCCAGAGAUUAUGGAAGAAGCCAGUGGCCCUGCUGCAGCUGUGGAACCCAUGGAAGUAGUCACUGACCCAGCAGCAACGCCUGAACAUUUAACAGCAGCAUAUGAUACCCUGAAGGGCACUCUAGAGCCUAUGGAAGUAGCUAAAGAACCAGCAGCAGCAGCCCCAGACCUCCCCAGGGUGUCCACCAGGGAACCACAAAGGCAGCCCCCUGGAGCUGUAACCUCGUGUGGGAUUUCUGUUCUGAGAGAAGCUUUCAAGAUCCUGUCGGACUCCGGGGACUCGGACGCCCUUUUCAGCAAACUGGAUGAAACAGACUUGCCUUCCCCCAAGCAACUGUCUCCUUCUGUAUCCCACAGAACCAAGAGAUGCAGAGAAGUGGAGAAUCAAGCUUCUGAGACCUCAGAGCCUACUGCAAUACCCCAUAACAUCAAAAACUUGUUCAGCAUAAGCAAUCUGAUCGUGGAGUUGGACGGCUCGUCCAGCAAGUCGAGCGAGUGCCCCGACUCUUCCCAGGAGCAUGUGGUCUCUUCUGCUUCCAAACCUGCUCCAAAACUGCCUGAUGAGCCCCUGUCUGCCCAGAGUGAGAAGUCCUUCCAAGGAAGGUGGAACAGCUCCUGUGGCACGGAGGAGAAGGACAGUUGGAGUGAUGAGGAUGAGCUCUUCGCAAAUGCAACAUCACUUGAGAAAAACAAAGUCUCCAACAACUCCAGCUCCAAGAAACAGAAAUGGACCAUGGAGGAGAGCGAGUGGAUCAAGGAAGGGGUGAAGAAGUACGGAGAAGGGAGGUGGAAAACCAUCUGCCUGAAGUUCCCCUUCAGGAACCGCACGUCAGUGAUGAUCAAGGAUCGCUGGCGGACCAUGAAGAAACUGGGAAUGCUCUGAAGCCGGGA